AUGCAUCGCACCCAUGUCAGUGCGAAUUCAACAGAUCUGGCUUCAAGUAAGGCCACCCACGGACAACACAAGUACGGCAAGAAGGAUGCCUAA